GGUUCGCCACCCUCCGCGUUGCCAGGCAACCAACGGGCCCUCGCCCUGUCAGGACCCACCCUGUUGCUAGGCAACUGGCCGACCAGCCCAGCUAGGGCGUCAGGCAGGCGGGGCAGCCUCACUUGCCAGCCCUACCAAGUUACUAGGAAAUGGGCGGUGGUCUUUCCGCGAGUCCCGCCCCAUUGCUAGCCAACUUGGUGGGCUGCGGUUGCUAGGUAACUGUCCGCUUUGCCCCUUUCCCUUUUUGUUCGCCUGGGUACCGGACUCUAGCUUCUCCUGCGAACUCCUGUAGCAGGACCCUGCGCCCCGGGGACCGUGCGACCCUUGGCCAGAGGCGUGGCGGGAACUAUGGCCUUAGGCUGUCAGAGUGGAAGGCAAGUGGCCAGCCUCUUAUGUUUGGAAGCUACCAGAACAGGUCCAGCCACAGUAAACAAGUCCAACAUUUAGCAGUGAAAGAACAUUGAUGUCCAGUCUACAUGGAAGAGCUAGAGCUUAGAAGAGCCCCACCCUCCACGUUUUCCUUAGUCCCUUGAGUGUGUACCUGCCUUGUAUGUCACCCAAGAUCGACAACUGGUGCUCAUCUGCAGGAACUACCGUGGGGAUGUGGACAUGUCAGAGGUGGAGCACUUCAUGCCCAUUCUGAUGGAGAAGGAGGAGGAGGGCAUGCUGUCACCUAUCUUGGCCCAUGGUGGCGUUCGUUUCAUGUGGAUUAAGCACAACAACCUGUACCUGGUCGCCACUUCAAAAAAGAAUGCUUGUGUGUCACUGGUGUUCUCCUUCCUCUACAAGGUGGUACAGGUCUUCUCCGAGUACUUUAAGGAGUUGGAGGAGGAGAGCAUCCGAGACAACUUUGUCAUCAUCUACGAGCUGCUAGAUGAGCUCAUGGACUUUGGCUACCCGCAGACCACUGACAGCAAGAUCUUGCAGGAGUACAUCACUCAGGAAGGCCACAAGCUGGAAACGGGGGCCCCUAGGCCCCCAGCCACAGUCACCAAUGCUGUGUCCUGGCGUUCAGAAGGCAUCAAGUAUCGGAAGAAUGAAGUAUUCCUGGAUGUCAUUGAGGCUGUUAACCUCUUGGUCAGUGCCAAUGGCAACGUGCUGCGCAGUGAGAUUGUGGGUUCCAUCAAGAUGCGGGUCUUCCUCUCAGGCAUGCCUGAGUUACGCCUGGGUCUCAAUGACAAGGUCCUCUUCGACAACACAGGCCGAGGGAAGAGCAAGUCAGUGGAGCUGGAGGAUGUGAAAUUCCACCAGUGUGUGCGGCUGUCACGUUUUGAGAACGACCGCACUAUCUCCUUCAUCCCACCCGACGGAGAGUUUGAACUCAUGUCCUACCGCCUCAACACCCAUGUGAAGCCUUUGAUCUGGAUUGAGUCCGUGAUUGAGAAGCAUUCCCACAGCCGCAUUGAGUACAUGGUCAAGGCCAAGAGCCAGUUCAAGAGGCGGUCAACAGCCAACAAUGUAGAGAUCCAUAUACCAGUCCCCAACGAUGCUGAUUCACCCAAGUUCAAGACUACAGUGGGGAGUGUCAAGUGGGUCCCUGAAAACAGUGAGAUCGUGUGGUCCGUCAAGUCCUUUCCGGGUGGCAAGGAGUACCUGAUGCGGGCCCACUUUGGCCUUCCCAGUGUGGAAGCUGAAGACAAGGAGGGAAAGCCCCCCAUCAGCGUCAAGUUUGAGAUCCCCUAUUUCACUACCUCUGGCAUCCAGGUGCGCUACCUGAAAAUCAUUGAGAAGAGUGGGUACCAGGCCCUGCCCUGGGUACGAUAUAUCACACAGAACGGAGAUUAUCAGCUCCGGACCCAGUGAGAGGCCUCUGCCACCAGCCCAGCCCACCUAGCCUCAGGGCACACCUGCCACACUCACCAAAACUGAAGCUAGAGGGUGGCCCUGGACAUGCAGCCACCCUCUCCUCAAGCCUGAGUGGACUCACACAGAACCCCUUCCCUGGUCCCAUUCUGAUCCAGGGUGGGAAGGAAGGGCCUGCCAGCCUCCCCCAGGGACAAGCCAGCUGGAGCUGUGCUCCUGGUGCCUCAUGACUGGCCACCCACCACCCUGUAGACGCCAUCCCUGCCCACCUCCGAAGCCUCCCUUCUGUUGCCAUUUUGCUGAGCAUGUUGGUCAUUGUCAUUGUCAUCUGUGGCUGUCCUGUCACCUUUCUUCAAGUGUCCUGUGCAGCUGCCAUGCUGCACUUAAUGAGGGCAGCUGUCCCCUAUCCAUGCUGGUCUGUAUGCCGGAUAGUUGCUCUGCCUGGGCCGGCUGUGCCUCCCUUGCCAGCCCUUGACCACAUCAGUGUUUUCUCAGAAGGGCACAUGGCCUCAGCCUUUGCCCUAAAAUUCCUGGGCAGGCACAGGCUACCCUCACUGUACAAGGCCUCGUUGUCCUGGACCCAUGUGUGUGUGUGACAGUUAUAUUAAAAUCCAUUUGUUACAUCUGC